UAACAGUUUAUUUCCUGAGCAAAAUGUAAUGGGAUUGCUCAACUAAGAUCAUGCAAAGAAGUCACAUGCAUCUUAGAGAAUUACAUUGGGAAAAGGAGAAUCUGAUAUUUUGCUGACCCACCAAUGGAAUAUAAGGUUUGUUUUUUAUGUCGGACUACUGACCAAUUACAUAAUUUUAGUGAUACACAGCAAGUUUUAUCCUAUGAAAAUAUGCUGCAUAACCAGGUCUUGGGCAGAUGUUUCUUAUAUUGUGUAGAGUUUUUCUUGCUUUUCUCUUGGUAGUAUUUGAAUAACAGAACUUUCUGGAAAUACUGUAUAUGAUCAUUUUAGGAUCCCAGACCUUUAUAUGAACUUUUCACUACUGCACCAGCAUUCUGCAGGUAAACCCUUUAAUUAGUGAAAUGUUUAGCAUUUAAUGCUGGGUGCUUAGACAGUCACAAUUUGUGGGUAUGGUUCAGUGGCAUACUGGCAAAUGCUGUGUGUACAAUUGACAUUAAUUUGGCAUUCUUGCACACACUGGAAAGUGUGGUUUAACAUUUGCUUGAUAUAAUGUCAUAUAUCAUAUAGCCUCUCCUCAAAUUUUGUGCAAACAAAUCAGGUAGAAGCUCAACAAACAGUCUGCAAGCAACUUUACUGUGCUACUGACCUCUGUAGUGAUGGUUCAGACACUAGUGACUUGUCCAGCAUGCUAAUGACAAAGAAUGAGAAAUCUUUCUUACACAAUCUCAAGCUUGGGUCACAGUUUAAUGACAUUGUUUCUCAAAUUAUUCAUUAUUUUCAAAUCCACCAUUAUUGUUUGUGUUCUUUUUACAACUGUUCUGCUAUUUGACAAUUUAUUUGGCUCAAUAUAAAGUUCUGCUAGAGAUGCAAGAAGGAAGCAAAGCUGAGUACCUUAAGCAAAUAUAUAACCUUAGGGCAACAUCAUGCUUACAAAGCUGUAAGCCCCUGCUCUGUUCACUGGUGCUUACUCUUUAGUAAGUAUUCUGUGGAUUGCAGCCUUAAUAUAAAAAGCUCAGAGUUUACUGCUGGGAGAGCCUCCCUGAACUGAAAUGAGUAAUAGUCACGCCAGUGAAUCACUCUCUGCCUCAUCUAUCAGUGUUUUCCAUCUUUUCCUUUAUGCUUCGCACAAGCAGUCUACCUUUUUUAUUUUAAAAAGCCAGCUUCAGCUGCAAAUUUGCAAAAACAGCUUGAGCCUGGAGAGGAAAGAUGUGCUUUGGUUGAACAUAUGGAGGACACCAUCAUUCAGACAGCUCCAGCUUGUUGAGGGAAACAGAUGGAAAAGAUGCAAGAGUUAUGCUGGGAUGACUUGGAGGCAUGGUCUGCCCUUCCCUGGUAUCUUCUCAUGUCCCGUUUUCUUACACUUCGAUUUACCAAGGAAUGUAGCUGAACGUUUAUUUAUUGGGGACUUUUGCUACAAUAAACCAAGCCAUGGCGAGGAAUUGCUCUGGAUGUAAAGAGAAGAGGCCUGCACACAGUCUGUGUACUAACUGCAACAAGUGGCUAUGCAGCUUGUGUACAGAAGAGCAUGGGCAUGGCAAGGAAACAGGAGACAAUUUCUUGCCUAUACCAUUGAAGGGAUGUCCAGGAGCUGAUGGGGAAACAAGUGAAUUUCCCUUGUUCUGCCCAAUGCACAGUCAAGAGACACUCAAACUGUUUUGCGAGACCUGCGACGCCCUUACUUGCCGCUGCUGCCUUCUAACGGAGCACAAGGAACACAGGUUCAGGCAUCUCCACGAAGCUUUACAAAACCAGAGAGCCAUCCUGGAAAAUGUGACGGCUAAAGUGGAAGAGAAGAAAAAUGGGGUGCAGGUCUCAGCCAAGCAGAUUGAAGACAGAUUGUUUGAAGUAAAGCACCUGCAAAGGAAAGUGGAAAAUCAGAUCAAAAUGGCCAAGAUGCUCCUAAUCAGUGAAAUAAAUAAGAGAACGAAUGUUCUACUUGAACAGAUAGAGAGAAUCACCAGUGAAAGGAAGCAGAAACUGGAACAACAACUUCAGGGCAUCAUGGUGUUAAACAGGCAAUUUGAACACGUGCAGAACUUUCUGAGCUGGGCAGUGUGCAGUAAAAACAGUGUUCCAUUCCUCUUCAGUAAGGAGCUGAUUGUGUUUCAGAUCCAGCGUUUACUAGAAACAAACUGUAAUACUGAUGCAGGUCCUCCUUGGAAAGUCAGAUUCACAUGGGACCCAUCUUUCUGGACUAAACAACUGUCCAAUUUAGGCCACUUGUCAAUGGAGGGGGGACCAAUCCAUCACUCAGAAGUGCCAUCCUAUGGAAGUAUGCAAGGAAUGCAGCCCUCCUUGUAUCAUCAUCACGGACAUCAUUCACCAGCACCACAGCAUGACUCUCUCAACAACCAGUCCCACCAGUUUCAGCCUCCUGUUCAUUGCCCUACACCUGUGUGCUGCACCCAUUGCCUUAACAUCCCACACAUGAAUAAAGGACAGCUUCCUCAUCAAACCCUGAGCCAUGCUCAUUCCUUCCGACAGCCUCCUGAGAUGCAGCACCACCACCAGCAUUUCCCUCUGCAGUAUAGCCAGCAGCAGCAUGAAAGAGAACAGAGGUGCACCUCUCGACCCGUGAAAACACUGCAGCCUUGUGCCGAGCAGAAACCUCACCAGGAGCACGAUAGCUUAUCUGCCAGGAUGGGAAAGCAUUCCCAAGAGCAGCCGUUGCAACAGGCAGCACAUCCCAUUUAUCCCCUUCCCCUGCAUGAUGGUCAACAAGGCCAGGCUGGACAUUCCCAGCAGCCGCCUGCGCAAUCUGCUCUGCACAGUCCGACAGUGCAAGUUCAGCUUGGUCCUCUCCAGAAGCUAAAGCUGAAUCACUUGCAGCAGCAGCAGCAGCAGCAGCAGCAGCAGCAGCAGCAGCAGGAACAGCCACCCUUGCCACCGCUGCCGCCACUGUCACCACAGCAGUCAUCUACGACAGGUCAGAACGAGAAGGCUCACGAACAAGUGCUACAGCAGAGUUUGGACAUCAUGCACCACCAGUUUGAACUGGAGGAAAUGAAGAAAGAUCUGGAGCUUCUCCUCCAGGCUCAGCAACCGAGCCUGCAAGUGAAUCAGGCCAAGCAGCCUCAGCAUGUUCAGCAAACAAUUGUGGGGCAAAUAAACUACAUUGUGAGGCAGCCGACGGCAGUUCAGCAGCAAAGCCAGGAUGAAGCCCAGCAGGUUGGUGAAGAUUGCACUGAUUCAGAAGGUCAAAAACCAGCACUUCCUCUUGAUAGAAACAUGAUUCCACCCAUGUCACAGCCACUGGAAGAUGCUAUUGUCAGUAUUCACUCCCCAGAGAGUACUUUGUUGAAUCCAGUCAGAAAGCGGUCAGCUUCACUGAACAUUGUGGGCUUUUCAAAUGCUUUAGACAUGGAGUUGUCUUCAGCAAGGGUAUCCAAGUCAGUUGAUUCACAGGCAAAAGAAAUAUCCACUGUAACAUCCGGUCAGUCCCAAAGUAUGCCAUAUACCUCUGACGUGCAGCCUGAAGUUUUGCCCAGUUACAGCCUGGCUUUGGAUAGAACUACAAAUGACCUGAACUCUGAUGCUCUUAGUCACUUAGCAACCGGUGGUGUGCCCCUGGGGAGCGCAGUGUGCAAGCUGGAGAACGAAGAAUUCAGCUCCAUGACUUACCCUCUUGGAAGUGAUUCUGUUGCUUCUCAGUCCAAAGACAUCAGUGAGUUAUCUCUUCCCAUGCAAAAUAUUCUGGAAGAGCCUAUUAAUCUUUCGGUGAAGAAGACGCAGCCAUGUGCCUCCCCUCCCAUACUUAUCAGCAAUGCUUCCUGCAUGCAGCCAGUUACUCCACAACCAAAACAUAUUGAAGACUGCCAUAACUGUGAAGAGGAACAUUUUGAUAUGGAAAUUAAAAGUAAUCAGAGCAACAGAGCUUGUGCCAAAGAGGUAAAAGUCCCUUAUGUGCGACUGGAACGUCUGAAGAUAUGCAACUCAGAGUCUGGAGAACUUCCAGUAUUUAAACUGCAACCACAGAAGAGUGAACAUGAUGGAACUUUCUUGCUGAUAAUUGAAUGUGGUACUCAGUCUUCAAGCAUGACUAUUAAGGUCAAUCAAGGAAAUCCACUUGAAAGACAUAAUCUCAAGCCUGAGAACACGGAGGAAAGGAGAAUCCCCACAAGUCAACUGACACAGCCAGUGUUGCAUCCUUCUGUAGAUCACAGGCUCAGUAAUAGUAUGAAAAAAUCUGUGCUUACCCAGGAAGACCACCCGAUUGAGAACGAGGACUUCUGUGCGGUUUGCUUGAAUGGAGGAGAGCUAUUGUGCUGUGAUUACUGCCCAAAGGUGUUCCAUCUUUCAUGCCAUGUUCCUGCCUUGCUCAGCUUUCCUGUAGGCGAAUGGGUGUGCACGCUUUGUCGCAAUGUGGAGAAGCCAGAGGUUGCAUAUGACUGUGAAAACACACGUUUUAGCUACAGUAACACGUUAAUGCCAGCGAGAGUACUUUAUGGCCUUGAUGACUAUGAUCAGAAGAAGUGUGAGAAACUUAUACUUUCACUGCUCUGCAACAACCUGAGUCUUCCAUUCCAUGAACCAGUCAGUCCUCUGGCUCGACAUUAUUAUCAGAUCAUCAAAAGGCCCAUGGACUUGUCCACCAUCCGGAAAAAGCUCCAGACAAAGAACAAGCUGCAUUACUCCACCGCUGAUGAGCUGGUAGCAGAUGUGCGCCUUAUGUUCUGGAAUUGUGCAACAUUCAACUAUCCUGAUUCAGAGGUAGCUGAAGCUGGGCGAUGCCUGGAAAUAUUCUUUGAAAGCAAGUUAAAAGACAUUUACCCAGAAAAGCAGUUCUGCGCGGUGCAGCAAGAUGACUCUGAUUCAGAGGAACAUGAAAAUAGUCAAGUGGCUCCCAAGGGAUUCCAGUGGCCCUCAUACAGACAAGAGUGUAUCCAGCCCAAAAGAAGGCGACGGCACGCUGAAAGUGAAAAGACUAAAAGACCAAUGUUUUGGCCAGCUAAAGGUCUUUCUCAGGUGUGACGUGUGGAGUGCCGCAAAGAACAAAACAUCAAUCAAAAUAAGAUGUGCGUAAGAGGGGAGUCAGAAAAUGUCUCUUAAGAUAUUUCACCUGAACUUCAUAGCAGUGGUCAAUCAAUUUCAUUUUUAGAUCCUAUGGGGAGAUUACAUUUUCAGUGUAAUGUAAUUUUAAUAGGUAGUAAGACAGCUAUAUGCUGUCUUAACAAUUUGUGUUUACACUACUGUUUUGUCAUAUGCAAUAGUUAUUAAUAAUAAAAAUAGGACAUUUGA